AUUUUGAUUUUGUUUCAGAUCUUGUAUGAUAUAAGAUGUCGAAGACAACGAUAAGAAAAGGGAAACAAGAUGAUAAGUUCUCUCUAGCAAUGAGGGAGGUUCAGAGUUCUGUUCCUGAAAAUAAGAAAUGUUUUGAUUGUGAGCAGAGAGGACCAACCUACGUCAAUACUACGGUUGGAAGCUUUGUCUGCACUAAAUGCUCCGGAAUGCUGCGUGGUAUCAACCCUCCUCAUCGGAUAAAAUCUAUCUCUAUGUCCACCUUCACCCCGGAGGAGGUUGAGUUGAUGAGGACGAGAGGGAACCUCUGGUGCUCCAGGGUCUGGUUGGGCAACUACGAGGCUUCAACCAACCCUGUAGAUUACAAGGACGAUGAGAAAAUUAAAGAAUUUAUGAUAACAAAGUAUGAGAGGAAACGGUACUAUGUAGAAGCUAAUCAGAGGCUGGCACAGACCUCACCAUCUGUAUCCAGUCUUAGCUCGUCUUCCUCGCAGGACUCUAAACCUAUUUCUGGUCUUAUAGGGACAACAUUAAAGGCAUAUAUUGCCCAGGGACAAUCUAGCAUAUCAGUAUCCCGCCCUGCAGCCACCGCAUCCUUCCCACGCCCACAGGAGGUCAAAAUUCCCGCCCAACCGAUUCAGAAAACUUCCGUUCCCGCCCAACCGACCCAGAAACCUCCCGUUUCCGCCCAACCGACCAUCCAGUCCCAAGAAGAUAGUUUUGCAAAUUUUGCUAAUUUUGACUCGGUAGCGUUUGACAGUUUACCAGCAGAUCCUCUUGCAGCCCCUGUAGUUCUCCCAACCCCUUCAAUUCUUCAGUCCGGGAAACCAUCCCAGGUAAUUAAUAAAACCUCCGACUUCUCAACUCCUCCGAAUAACCCCAGUAGUUGCCAGCAGGAUAGAUAUUCUGCCCUAAAGGAGCUGGACGAUCUAUUCAAGACGACAGCUAUUCAAAGUCCAGGACCAACUGAAUCCAGUUCCCAACCUCAAUUCUUCUCCGGAGCAUCUGCUAUACCUCCGACUGCUCUCCCCAAAUCUAAUGGAAUUUUCUCCGACGUGAACGGACGAAACAGUCCGUCUUUUCCUAACUCCAGUCCAGCUAACUGGUCUAACAGUGCUCCGGUCUGGACUCCGUCCUGGAACCAGGGCGGAGGAGGGGGAGGUUGGCCGGCAACGGCGGAACCUGCCUGGGGUACUUCUGGGAAUCAUACAACCAACCCUUUUGGUUCUUCACCUUCUGGUGCAAUAAACCUUGGUAUGCCAGAAAACAACAACGACCUGUUUGCUGGAUCUUCAAAACAAUUUUUUACAGAAAAACCAGGUUUUGAAGGUAGUGGAGCUGCUGGUAACCCCUGGUCUAGUGUUCCUGUCUUUACUCCGAAUAUGACUCCGGCUCCGAAUCCUCACAAUCCCUUCCUAUAACCAAAAAGAACCAGAUAGCUGGAAACAGUUUUUAUAAUCUGGUUUCUUCUUUUUUCCGAUCUUGUUUUGUUGGAAGUUUCACCUUUAAGCUGCUUCUCCGCCCCUCCUCAGAACCUUGACAGUUCUCUUGUCUAUAAUUCUUCCAAGUUAGGUGCUCUCUCUCUCUCUUCUUCACAUCGGAAUCCGAUCUAGUUCUAAAAUAUUAAAUACUCCUCUGUACUAUUCGUUUUGACAAUACUCGUAACAUAUUUUAAACCUUCCUCUUUUACAACCUUAAACGGGAUUUUAUCCAUCUACUUACAGUGAGUCAAUGAUAUUUAUUUAAUAAAACAAAUAUAAGCGGCAUUUGCCCAAAUGACUUUUAAAAUGUUCUUUUUAAAGUGUCCCAUGUGAAGCUGGGUCAAGAGUAUCAUAUUCUCGUAAACAAUUAUUUUAAAAGAUCUGGGUAAAUAGAAUUAGAAAUGAUUGUUAGAAUCUGUUUGAAAUAUAGUUAUUUAAAAACCA